CAAAUGAAAACAAUCGAUUCUAUGUAAUGUUCGUUUUCAUGUAAAUUUGCAGUGAAAUUCUAGCGAAUAUUUUGUGAAAAUAGUUUAAAAGUGUAGUGUAACAAAAAUGGCAUCAGCACAACGUGCUUUUGCUUCGAAACUCACCAAACACAACUCAUCAGACAUUCGGAAGAAUGUGGCAAACUAUCAGCUUUUAUCGAAAAGCGACAGCAGCUCGGUCUGUUCAUCGUCAAUUUCCCUGUGUGAAUUGGUGGAACCAAUUGAUUAUGAAGAGUUCUUAAUUCAGCAUUCGAGUUUACUGCUACGGGAUUCGUUGAGGUCCAUUCUGGACUUUCCCGUCAAUGACGUGCAGAUGAGGGUGGUUCCGCGGAAAAUUCGAACGAUUGAACAUGUUGUGCCAAAGGAGGAUAUUGUUGAACUACCGUUACAUGUUCAACACUGCGUCGAUUGUUAUACCAGACCUUGGAAGAUAGUGGAUUUCUCCCAGAGGCACCAUUCGAGUUCGUGCAGCACCAGAGAACGAGCGGAUAAGGGAGCAAUGAGUCCUAGCUCAUAUCAGCAGGAGUUUGAAAUUGAUCGUGAUUACUUCGGGUGCGCUUCGUUAGAGGAAUCGGUAACUUCUACGACGCUGUAUGCGAGUGAAAGUUGCACUCCAAGCAGUCGGCAAUCUAUUGCCAGCUUGUCGUCUGUAUCGACAUGUACCGACACUUUGACCCCUCGUGGAUCUUGGGCUUCGUUCGAUUUGCGAAGUUCCGUAAAUGACCCGUUGAUUCCGGGGUUGCUGGAACGAGUUGCACCAGAAACAAUUGAUCAGAGUAAUGAGUGCAAACGAUUGGAGGAGCGGCAGCAGGCUUUGUUCAGUUUGUAUCCUGAAUCAGACCCGGAAGAUGUGAUCGAAAAACGACUUCCGGCAGAGAUGCCUGUAGAACAUUUGGGUAAUCGAAUCCAUGUUAAGUGUUUGCAGUUGAAACUGGAGCUAGAGGUGGAGCCGAUUUUUGCUUCAAUGGCGAUUUAUGAUGCGAAAGAGAGGAAGAAGAUUUCAGAAAACUUUUACUUUGAUAUGAACUCGGAAUCCUUGAGACGGAUGUUGGUAUCGCAUGUUCCCUAUGCAGAUAUUAGUACGCAGGCGAGAGAAGCUAUUUUUGACAUCACAAAUCCCAGUAAUGAACUGUACUUGGUAAUAAGACUGGAGAAAGUUCUUCAAGGUGAUAUCAAAGACUCUGUGGAGCCAUAUUUGAAAGACGAUAAAGAUAAGUAUCGAGAUAAGGCUAAAUCCAAUGCGUCAGAUUUCUGUGAACGAUUGGGCAAGUAUCGGAUGCCCUUUGCCUGGACUGGUAUUUAUCUCACCAACAUCUUCAACGGAGAUAAUUUAGAAGGUGAUAAGGAUCGUGAAAGUAUGACCUCGGCGUCAAGUUCAAACAGUCUGGAUAGAAAAUCAUCUUCAAGUAGCUUUGAUCAGUUCCGGAAGCGAGCCACUGACAUGGGAACGUUAACUAGACGAGGAUCACUGGAGAGAAAAAUGGAAAAGCGAAGAUCUUGGUCCCCGGACGAUUUUGCCAACAGUAUCGAAACGUUCCGACCGAUUUCUAUCACGGUUUCGAGCUUCUUCAAACAAGAAUCUGAUAAAAUGAAAGAUGAGGAAUUAUUCAAGUUCCUACCGGAACUGAAACGCCCAGGAGCACUAAUGAAAAAACACAAAUGCAUACCUGGUUCGAUUAACAUAGAAAUAUCCCCGAUUCCAAGUGAUCUGAAGUGCGCAUUGACUCCGGAAUUGGCGAAGAUCGAUCCAUACCCAAACGAUCAUACAAGACCGACAAAAGAAAUCCUCGAAUUCCCUUCCACGCCAAUUUUAAAUCCUCACUACAGCUACCGAAAUUUGCUCUUCGUGUCCCCAAAGGAGCUGAAUUUUUCGACGCGUGCUGGUUCAGCACGAAAUAUCGCCGUUCGAAUUCAACUAAUGUCUGGAGAGCGCCAAUCGGACGCCCUACCUGCAAUAUUUGGUAGGAGCUCUUGUCCGGAAUAUACUGCCGAUGCAUUCACUUCAGUAAAUUAUCAUAACAAGCAACCAACAUUCUACGACGAAAUCAAGAUCGCUCUUCCGGCGAACCUGAAGCAAAACCACCACAUCCUGUUUACUCUAUUCCACGUAUCUUGUCAGAAGAAACCGCAGGAAGUUCAAUCUACCAUCGAGACUCCGGUGGGCUACACUUGGCUUCCCGUUCUAAAGGAUGGUCACCUCAAUGUUGGUGAGUUCAAUUUGCCCGUGAUGGUCGAAGAACCACCGGACAAUUAUUCGUUCAUUCCGCCGGAUGUUCAACUACCUGGAACCAAGUGGCUCGACAAUCAUCGACCGGUGUUCUCGGUAACGAUCGAUGCGGUAACAUCUGUGCACGCUCUCGAUGACUAUUUGGACAAAUUUAUCUACUUGUGUGAGUGUCUCGAUUUGAGGAAGGUCCCACCGCGCAUUGGUGAAGGCAACAUGGAACGGGAGUUCAAAAAGACGCUGCAGGAGCUGCAGAGUGCCGACCAGGAGAAACUGGUGAAGAAUUUACAGGUGAUUCUGGACAAGCUGGUUGAACUGCUUGUGACCACCUAUCGGAUUGGAGGAGAAGCGCUUUCGCUAGGGCAGACGGUGUUCGAGACUAUCUGUCAGAUCUCCGAUAAGAUCUUCUUUCUUCAACCGGAGGAUCGCUACGGUCGGCAGAACAUUUUAAGCACCUACAUCCAGUUUCAGUGUAAAAUUCCUCACCCAUUGGAUCCGAAGUGCCGACUGUCGGCUUACAUUCGCCAGGGUGGAGCGCCGGAGGAAAUGACCCGAUCAACCAGCAAUCCUGAUCUGCAUCAGAAUUUCCCCGCCCGCUCGGAGAUGACCAGUUCGAUGAGCGGAAAGUUGGUGGAUCGGGCCUCCAGCAUGCGCACGGAGAUGUCCCCGAGCGCCAGUGGUCCAAAAGAUGGACUGGUACGUCUUUUACACGAGGAAAUAGCACUUAACUGGGUAGUGGCAAGCGGAUCUGCAGCAGAGCUGUCUAUGACGAACUCUUGGAUGCUGUUUGAGCUGAUCAUUAAGAGCAUGAUAGAACAUUUGGAGUUGACGAAUUCACUAAAUUCGCCAAGGAAGAACCGUUUUCCACAUCAGUAUACAGACGACAUUUCUACGUUGGUGCACUUGGUAACAACGAAAGUGGUUGGCUACAACAGUAGCGAUCCUAAGUUGGCUCAAUCGAUCAACUCAAGUUUGGCGUUCUUUGUAUUCGAUCUACUGAGCAUAAUGGAUCGUGGUUUUGUUUACGGAUUAAUCAAAACUUACUACAAGGUAAUCAUGACGAAAAGUUCGUCCACUCCCGACAUGAUGCACUACAAGCUGGACUUUCUUCGAAUUGUGUGCAGCCAUGAGCACUUUGUAGCUUUGAAUUUGCCUUUUGGAACCCCUUACACCGCGCUGUCUGCUCCAUGCAGUCCAACACCUAGCGUGACAUCAAACAACAGUCAAAACUCUUAUGUCAGUGCGAUGGCAGGGAUAGACAAGGCACUCUACGCCGAGCUCAGUGCAGAAUUUCGACAGCAACACUUCCUCGUUGGAUUGGUACUUCAAGAAUUGGCAUCUGUGCUAGAUAUUUCAAAUCCUCCGCUUCAUGGCAAGGCGAUUCGCUGCUUAAGAAACUUACUAACAUCACACGAUCUAGAUCCGCGCUACAAUGAAGUCGAAGCCCGAGCUCGCGUUGCUGCUCUCUACAUUCCUCUUUUAGGCAUAGUAAUGGAUGCCAUACCCCAAUUGCAUACCCCAGUGGCCGAAUCUCAUGAUCGUUUGAAUACCAUAGGAUUACUCGAGGAUUAUCAGGGUCCAUCUACUACUAUUGCUACAACCACUAUUAACCCGGAGGUUGCGUACGCAAUAUCCGGCAUCCGUAACUAUUGCUAUGUACAGGAAGCUCCAAAAAACAAGACCCCUCUGAGCAGUGAAAACACGCGUCAUUUGCUAUCCUGCUUUCUGUGGGUGGUAAAGAAUCUCGAACAAAGCACUCUCUUCAAAUACACGCUCGGUUUAAGUCCUCAUCGUGUUCACCAAAUGCUGCAGGUUCUAAACAUCUGCAUACCUAAUUUUGAAUACCGUGGUCGUAAAAAACCAACAUCUAAGCGAAAUACGUCCAGUUUCCGCAAAACGCCAGACAUGAAGGAAAAACUAGAGGAAUGCAUCCGCGGAACUGGCUCCGCUCGGAAUGAUCUCAUCAAUCGCCGCAAGGAUCGCUACUCGACUGAAAAAUUCCGUUGGAAGAAAGAUCAAAUCCGGACCCAGUUCUAUGACAGUAACAUCAAGAAUGAAGCGGAACUGGAAAUUACCUACUAUAUCGAGGGCUCUCUUGCAACCGAAGUUUGUCUCACAAUUUUGGACACGCUGGAACUGAUUGUACAGGUGGCUUCCACGUCCGAACUACAUCACAACUUGCUGGGCACGGUGCUGAAAGUGUUGCUGCAUGCGCUCUCGCGUAACCAGAGUACCCUGGCACUGCAGAAUCUGUUUGCAUCGCAACGUUCGCUCAUUUUCAAAUAUCACAAUUUACUGUUUGACGAGGAAACCGAUAGCUGCGCGGAUUUGUGUUUGCUGUUGCUGAAACACUGCGGAUCACAGCUGCCCACGGUACGGUCGCAGGCUGCCGCGUCGCUAUACUUGCUGAUGAGGCAGAACUUUGAGAUCGGGAAUAACUUUGCCCGCGUCAAAAUGCAGGUAACCAUGUCACUCAGCUCGCUGGUAGGAACCAGUUCGUCGUUCAGCGAACAAUCACUUCGCCGUGCGCUGAAAACGAUCCUGGUGUACGCCGAAUCCGAUACUGACCUGCAAGACACGACCUUUCCGGAGCAGGUCCAAGAUCUGCUGUUCAAUCUACAUAUGAUACUUUCCGACACAGUGAAAAUGAAAGAGUACCAGGAGGAUCCGGAAAUGUUGCUGGAUCUGAUGAACCGCAUUGCCAAAGGGUAUCAGAAUUCACCCGAUCUGAGACUGACCUGGCUGGAGAACAUGGCAAAGAAGCACAUGGAGCGAGCGAACCACACCGAAGCGGCCAUGUGCUACGUGCAUAGUGCAGCUCUGGUUGCCGAAUACCUGAGCAUGCUCGAAUCGCAAACGCAUCUUCCCGUGGGUGCUGUUUCUUUCAAACACAUUUCCCCGAAUGCGCUGAUGGAAUCUGCUGUGUCGGAUGAUGUUUUAAGCCCCGGCGAGGAUGGCAUCUGUUUGGGAAAUAGGUUCACCGAAGGCGGUCUGAAAGCUUUGCUUGAAGAGGCAUCUAAUUCGUUUCAGAUUGCUGGAAUGUACGAAGCAAUGAACGACGUCUACAAAGUGCUAAUUCCUAUAUGCGAAGCAAAUCGCGAUUUCCGAAAGCUAGCACAAGUACACGGAAAGCUUCAGGAAGCAUUUAAUAGGAUCGCACAACUGCAUGGGAAGCGAGUUUUCGGAACUUACUUCAGGGUUGGGUUUUAUGGAGCGAAGUUUGGUGAUUUAGAUCAGCAGGAGUUUAUUUACAAAGAACCGACUUUGACGAAAUUACCGGAAAUAUUCAGUCGGCUGCAAAACUUUUACGCUGAUCGAUUCGGUCCAGACGUGGCUCAGAUUAUCAAAGAUUCCAAUGCGGUCGAUGUAAAAACACUAGAUCCUGAGAAGGCUUACAUCCAGAUCACCUAUGUAGAACCUUAUUUUGAAACGUACGAAUUGAGAUAUCGAGAGACCUAUUUCGAAAGGAACUUCAAUAUAAAGCGAUUUAUUUUUGCAACACCCUUCACCAAGUCCGGAAAGGCUCACGGUGAACUGCACGAACAGUGUAAACGAAAAACUAUUCUCACCACAGCCAAUCACUUUCCUUAUGUGAAAACUCGUAUCCAGGUGGUCAGUCGAGAGCAAAUUGUUCUCGAACCGAUAGAGGUCGCAAUUGAGGAUAUACAGAAAAAGACGGCUGAACUGGCAGCUGCCACGAAUCAGGAACCGGCUGAUCCCAAGAUUUUGCAAAUGGUCCUGCAGGGUUGUAUUGGCACUACGGUCAAUCAGGGCCCAAUGGAAAUGGCUCUGGUUUUCCUCUCGGGCAUCGCCGACAGUACAACCAUCCCUACGAAGCAUCAAAAUAAGCUGAGACUUUGUUUCAAAGACUUUUCGAAAAAAUGCUCGGAUGCUUUGAAGAAGAACCGCAAUCUCAUUCUGUCUGAUCAAAAAGAUUAUCAAAAAGAAUUAGAGCGAAACUACGCCCGUUUCACCGAACGCUUAGCUCCGUUGAUCACCAUCACGCCAACCCAGGCGCAGGGAGUGGUUGCUGCGAAUAACGGGUUGCACAAUAGUAAGCUAACUCCGUUGAGAUGGUAAGAUGAUUGACUCAUUGAAAACCUUUCCCACAUACCAAAAAUAAUGCACUUGAGAAAGAAUUUGUUCGACAUAUUUUUGUACUGAGAUAAUGAUUCACAGGAGGUGAUUACACAAAUUAAUGUGUAGUGUCUUAAACAUUCUAUAACUUGAUUUUAUUGCAAUAUCUUAAACCAAAAAAAUAAUUGUUUUAUUUUUUUCCAAAUUGUAUUUAGUUUAUUCGCAUAUUUUAAGAUAUCAGAUAAUGUUUUUUGUUAUAUUCGAA